CCUUGCGUCUGACGUCAUACGGUGCGGGCCGGGAGCGGACGUGCAGGGUUAUUCCGCCCGGGGUUUGGAGGUCCAGGGGAGCGCGCGUAGGCGUCUCGGUUUGAAAUGCAGCGGGAUUUAGGUAGCUUCCCGUUGUCCCCAGCGGUGCGGGUGAAGCUGGUCUCCGCAGGUUUCCAGACUGCUGAGGAACUCCUGGAGGUGAAACCCUCCGAGCUCAGCAAAGAAGCUGGGAUAUCUAAAGAAGAAGCUUUAGAAACACUGCAAAUUAUAAGAAGAGAAUAUCUCACAAAUAUACCAAGAUAUGCUGGUACAUCUGAAUCAGGCAAGAAGUGUACAGCACUGGAACUUCUUGAGCAGGAGCAUACCCAGGGCUUCAUAAUUACCUUCUGUUCAGCACUAGAUAAUAUUCUUGGGGGUGGAAUACCCUUAACCAAAACAACAGAAAUUUGUGGUGCACCAGGUGUUGGAAAAACACAGUUAUGUCUGCAGUUGGCAGUAGAUGUGCAGAUACCAGAAUGUUUUGGAGGAGUAGCAGGUGAAGCAGUUUUUAUUGACACAGAGGGAAGUUUUAUGGUUGAUAGAGUGGUAGAUCUUGCUACUGCCUGCAUUCAGCACCUUCAGCUUAUAGCAGGAACACACAUGGGAGAGGAGCACCAAAAAGCUUUGGAGAAUUUCACUCUUGAAAAUAUUCUUUCCCAUAUUUAUUAUUUUCGUUGUCAUGACUACACAGAGCUACUGGCACGAGUUUAUCUUCUUCCAGACUUCCUUUCAGAACACUCAAAGGUUCGAUUAGUGAUAGUGGAUGGUAUUGCUUUUCCUUUUCGUCAUGACCUAGAUGACCUAUCCCUCCGUACUCGGUUACUAAAUGGACUUGCCCAGCAAAUGAUCAGCCUUGCAAAUAAUCACAGAUUAGCUGUAAUUUUAACCAAUCAAAUGACAACAAAGAUUGAUAAAAAUCAAGCCUCACUGAUUCCUGCUUUAGGGGAAAGUUGGGGACAUGCUGCUACAAUACGGCUAAUCUUUCACUGGGACCGAAAGCAGAGGUUGGCAACAUUGUGCAAAUCACCAAGCCAGAAGGAAUCUACAGUACUGUUUCAAAUCACACCUCAGGGAUUUAGAGAUGCUCUUGUUGCUACUGCAUGUUCGUUGCCAAUGGAGCCUUCACUGAAUUCCCGCAAACGGUCACGAGAAUCAGAGAAAGAGGCACAGGAAUCCGAAGACUAAUCUCAGAGUAUAGAAAAUGUGUUGAUGCUCUGAGAUUCCGUGUGUACAAGUCAUAGACUCAUUACUUUAAAAUAUAAAUAAACAUCGUGACAUGAAUGAAUCAGGAAUAUACUGAAGCAAAUGGGAAAAAAUUAAGGAAUAUGAUUCUCUGAAAAAGUUCUUCUAACGCAGUGUUCUACAAUUAUAUUUUGUCCUGUUUUCAUUUUCAGUAAUAGUCAGUAGAGAUGAUAUAGGCGUUGUAUUUCACAAAUGUGAAAAGCUGAUCUCGUGGCCUAUCUGAAUUUACCAUUCAGAAUUUUUUUUCCCCUUUCUUUGCCAGUUGUCUAGGAAAUCCUAGGAAGAAGUUUUUUUUCAUAUUCCAGUUGUGUUCUCCUCUAUAAAUGUAGCUUUGAUAAUUCUUUAAAAUGACAGGCUUUUAAACCUUUUAAAGAGAAGCCAAGGCCAUGCAUGAGUCAGCAUAUCAUUACAUUAUAUAAAUAUAUAAAUCGGUUUGGCCAUCUAAAAUUGUUUGAGUGGAAUAUUUUGAUGGUUCUUUGCCUGCUUGCCUACUGUGCUCCUAGAGGACAAAAUAAUAGAAUUAUAGUUUAAAAAAAACAAAACCGAAAACCUGAAUUUAAACUAUGAAAUCAGUCAUCUGAACUAAUUAAUUAAAGUUUGUGUAUUUUUUUUCCCCCAAGCAGGUUGGCAGCAUUGUACAAAUCACCAAGCCAGAAGAAAUCCACAAUACUGUUUCAAAUCACCGUCAGUAUUAUUUAAUUAGAGUGGGAUUUAGGUGAACAAACAAUUUUAGAUGACCAAACCCCUUUUAGAGACCUCAAUCCUAAUAUCUAAGCCAUUUGUUUAAUUUUCUAUUAUUUUAUAAUGUUAAAGGAAGAACUUUGAAGGUGUUAUCUCAUCUAGAAAUUGUUUAGAAGAUACAUUUUUCCAGAAUAGUCAGGUUGAUAAGCUCACAAUUAUUUAUUUCUACAUUUUUAAAGCCUGCAAUGAUCCAUUCUAGAAUUCUAGGUGUAUUGACUUUUUUUCUUUUAAACAAUCUUAACUCUAUUUGAAUAAAUUAAAAUUUUGGAUUCUUGAAUGGUUUCAGAAUCAUCUAAAAAUCUUUUGGCAUCUGGUUCUUCUUAAUACUUCUCAAUUCAUUCACAAGUUUGGUUCCCAGCGGAAGGAAGUUUAAAUAAUUCAGUAUUAUAUACUUUGACAACCAUAUUUUCCAGAUUGUAGUGACAGGUGGUAUUUCCUGUCCCAGACUGUACAUCAAAUUUAUAAAAUUUAUUCAAUGUAACUAUUCUGCAGUUGACUGUACAUAGAGUAGCCAUUGUUUACCAGGACUUUUUUAAAAGUGAAAGGGAUCAUAGCUAACAAUUAUACCAGGACAAUGAGUAUAAAAUUUC